UUAUUUUCUCUUAUAAUCCCAAUUACUUUCUCUAUAUGCCCUCCAUGACACCUAACCAACGGCCACUAUAACUGUUCGCCGUCUCUGUUGUCCUCUCUUAAAUUUCUCCUUUAUUCUAGGCUAUGUAAAUACCUUGUGCCCGCUGAGAAGAGAGAGAGAAAGAGGGAAUGGGGUUUAGCAUGGUGUGGGUGAUCGAUCUAUUGAUCCACCUCGUCUACAAGGCCGCCGGUCUCCGCCCCCACACCGUCGCCCUCGAUGACGACACCACCGUGCACUGCUGGAUCUCGUCAUCCCUCCUUCCCCCUUCCUCCGCGAUCAGAUCGAAGGAAAAGAAGGCGACGCCCCCGCUCCUUCUGAUCCACGGCUUCGGGCCACGGGGCACAUGGCAGUGGAGCAGGCAGAUCUGGCACCUCGCCGCUCGCUUCGACCUCGUCGUGCCGGACCUCCUAUUCUUCGGCGGAUCCACCACUCGGUCCCCGAUCCGGUCCGAGGCCUUCCAGGCCGCCGCCAUCGCCCGUCUUCUCGCCGUGCUCGGCGUCGGGCCCCCGCACCGGGCGAGGGUGUCAGUGGCCGGGACUAGCUACGGGGGGUUCGUGGCGUACCAUGUAGCGCGGGCGUUGGGCCCAGAGUGGGUGGAGCGCGUGGUGAUCGCCAGCUCCGACGUGCUGAAGGGGCCGGACGACGACCGCGCGCUGCUGGAGCGGGCCGGCGGGGCGCGCAGCAUCGACGAGCUACUCCUCCCUCGAACCACCGCCGACCUCAGGAGGCUUGCCCGCCUCGCCGUCUACCGCCCGCCUCUGUUCGUGCCUGAGUUCAUCCUCAGGGACAUGCUACAGAAUCUAUUUAGCGAUAACCUGGAGGAGAAGCUGGAGCUUAUCAAGGGAGUCACCGUAGCCAACAAAGAUGAGUUCCACCUCACUCCUCUUCCCCGGCAAGUUCUGAUCAUCUGGGGAGAGCAUGAUCAGAUCUUCCCUGUGGCCAAGGCGAUCGAACUGCAAAAGCGUUUGGGAGAGAACGCGAGGUUGGAAGUAUUGCAGAAUACUGGCCACCUGCCUCAAAUGGAGGACGCCAACAGGUUCAAUAAGCUUCUCUUCAGCUUCUUAUUAGGUGCCUCACAGCCAUCACUCUCCAAUCGUGUUCGAGAUUAGCUUCUGUUUCCCGUUACUCUUCAUGAAAAAUAUGCUUCAGGUUAGCACCGAGUUCUAUCUAAUGUUGUGUGUUGCAAAAUAAGCUAGUGCUGCAGAGGGAAGCAAUCUUGGGACCGUGAGAGAAGGUUGUUAUUGAUGUUAUUGGCAUUUCGUAUGAUCUCGUUGAUAUACAAUAUGUCUAUUUGUGAAUUA